UUCUUUUCCCGUUAACAAUGAUUUUCCAGUCACCAAGAAGCCCUAUUGAUAUACCAAACCUAGACUUGUAUACCUUUCUUUUCACCGAAAAUGAGUUUAAUAGGCAUACAUCCCCGAGUAAAAAGGUGCUGGUCGAUGCUGCAACUGGUGAAUCAAUAACUUAUGGCCAGCUGCGAGAUCAGUCAAGUAGGUUGGGCCAUGGAUGGACUGCUCGAGCGGGACUUCAGCAGGGAGAUGUUGUUGCAGUUUUUGCGCCAAAUCAACAUGAUCAUCCAAUCUUAUACUAUUCGCUGCUUGCUGCAAAAUGCGUCAUCUCGCCCGGAAACCCAGCAUACACAGAACAGGAAAUGUUGCACCAGAUAUCGGACUCAGGAGCCAAGGCAGUUGUAACAGUGCCAGCUCUUCUUCCCCUGGUGAUUGCAGCCGCCACUAAGUGCAAUAUUCCUAUUGGCAAUAUUUACUUGUUUGGAGAGAGUGAGGUGCAGGGUUGCAAACCAUUUAGAUCUCUCAUGGGAGAGGAGCAUGUCCAGUUUCCUAUCUCUGGAAUCAACCCAAGCGAGGAUUUGUCCUUCAUCUGUUAUUCCAGCGGAACGACUGGAAGAGCAAAGGGAGUCAUGUUGACUCACCGCAAUUUUGUCAGCAAUGUAUUGCAAGUAACUCAUUUGGACAAGGAUUUCCACCGUCUGGAUGACGUUUACAUGGGUUUCCUUCCAUUUUAUCACAUCUAUGGCAUCAACUCUUUGGUUCUCAGCGUCUGUGGCUAUCGUGCACAAUUGCUCGUUGUGAUACCAAAAUACACUCUGGAAAACUUUUUAAAGGCUGUGGAGAAGUAUAAGAUUACAUAUGCCAAUAUUGUGCCACCUGUUGCCGUUCAUCUUGGAAAAGAUCCGUUAGUCAAGAAAUACGAUACCAGCUCUCUGAGAAUGCUUGGAUGUGGCGCUGCACCACUUGGCAAAGAGCACAUUGAAGCAAUUGACAGGCAAAUGGGAGUUGGAGUGAAACAAGGAUACGGCAUGACAGAAUGCUCUUCGACAACAACUUCUCAGCCUGUUGAUGAGUUGGAUAGAAUAGGUUCGGUUGGAGUCCUUAUUGCCAAUAAUGAAAUGAAAAUCGUUGAUGAACAAGGAAAUGGUAAUUACAAGCUCAACUUAAUUAUGUGUUCUAAAAAAAAACUGCUUACCAUGGCUAACAAAUUCUCUAUAACAGCAUUGGGCAUUGAGGGAGAAGGAGAAAUCCUGAUUCGGGGACCAAACAUUAUGAAAGGUUACCUCAACAACCCCAAAGCAAACGCUGAGACUUUCACUGCUGACGGUUGGCUAAGGACAGGCGAUAUUGGAAAAAUGGCAAAGGAUGGCCACUGCUAUGUCGUCGAUCGACUCAAGGAGUUGAUAAAAGUCAAAGGAUUCCAAGUCGCACCAGCUGAGCUGGAAGCAUUGCUUAUGGGCCGUAACGACAUUGCGGAUGUUUGUGUCAUUGGUGUCUAUAAUGACGCUCAAGCUACUGAGUUCCCUCGCGCGUAUAUUGUUUUGCAAGGAAACACAAGCCCUUCUAAGGAACUUGCCACUACUAUCGAGAAAUAUGUCGCAGAGAACGUUGCUCCUCACAAGCGUCUCCGAGGAGGCAUCCGUUUUGUGAACAGUAUACCCAAAUCACCCAGUGGUAAGAUCUUGCGACGAGUUAUCAAAACCACUUGGAUUAAAGAAGAGGAGGAGCAAGAGAGAGUGAAGAAUGGUCUUAGGGCUAGAUUAUAGUUCAAUCGGAUAUUCAUGCAUAAUAAAUGAGAGUAACCGUACUUAAUAAUGUUCGGUUUAUCGAAAGAAAUAACA